GUCUUUUCGGAUGGUUGUAAAACUGGCUCCUGCUAUUCACUGUUGGUAUUACUGAGUAUGAACUGCUGUCCACUGAGAUGCUGAUAGGAUUCGAAUCAGGUUCGAGCUGAUUUUUGGGGAUUACCGUUGGAUUAAAUGCGAGGAUUGUCAGCGGAAUACCAUUCACAGAUACGGGAAAGAAAAGCGCAAAUUGAAAACCAAUUUUCAGGAUAAUGAAUACUGUCAGUGCGGAUGGAGUGUGGCAAGUUGAGUGUGAUAGGCGAAUGUGAUAAAUCACCGUGCGUUCCCAUAGUCCUGUGUAUGUACAUACAUUUAUAGUGCAAGAUAGUGCUAAUGGAAUUUUGCGGAAAAUUGGUUCGUUACAUUGAAAGCAAGUGAACCGGAAAAUAGCUAGUGCCUGGUAAACGGUACCACCACCGGUUUUCUUCUCGGGAUUCAAAGUACAGUUCUCACAUGGAUUCGCGACCUCGGUCAACGGUAUGGUAAAUGACGAAACACGUGCAUGAGGUAUAAACAUCCUGGCUAAUGGUAGCGCUAAUGGAAAGCUAUAAAUAUAUACUGGAAGUAAAUAGUGUUAUUCUUUAAUAUCCGUGUCAUGUAUGAAUAGGAAAGCAACCGAGGACCAGAGCUCUAAUCGCCAGAGUCGGCAGCUUUCGUGGUGCUCGCUGAGGAUACAAUUUGUGGUAAUGUGGAAAACAAAUUUACAUCUCGUUUAGUUUAUUUGUUUGGUGACCCUUGUUGAGAUGAAGAAAUCCAUCGCUCACCUCGUUUGUUUGGAAAGGUUAACCUAGUUUGGUUGAAAAGAUACAAAGCUUUCUGAGGAUUUUUUUCUGUUUCGAAAAAGUUCCAAUUUACAAUUGUCACAAAUAACGUAUGUUAAUGAGGCGGUGAAAUUCUCACACCACGUACUUGAACUAUGUGUGUUGGAUACAAACAAAAUUUGUUCGCUCGCUAUUGCGACUGUUCGGGUCUGUGAAAAGUGUAUUUGAAGUGGACGUGAGUUUCGUGAUGGUGAAAUUUUUCCAGAAAGGUUCUGGUGUUGGUCGCAUGGUAUGAGGAAGAAGUAGAUAGUUUUUCAAAGGAGUUCAAAAGAGCACAUCAAGCACAACCCGUCAUCACUUGGGAGCAAAGUAUUCGCUGGGGCAGCACCGUGAGUAGACUCGUUGACACGUUCUGGACCGCAUGAAGAGUGACAGUAACAGCAGCGGCAAGGCGUGUUGUGUGGCGACGACGGUUGGUAAGCUCCGAAGAUGCUAUUGGAGCAACAUCGAGCUGAACAACGUGAUCCGUAAUAUUGUGAAAGCCGAUGCCUUGUGACUCCACUGUGUGUGCCCAUAAAUGUAUUCUACCAUCGUCUUGACGUAUGGCUAUGUACUACUAUGCAAGCAAAUUAUCAGCAGUAGCAUGCGGCACUCGUUGCCGACAAGGAUUAACCAGACGACAACGCAAUCGUAACGGCCGGCACCAGGGCAAGAAGAAGGACGAUGAAGAUUCCGACGAUAAUAACAAAGAUAAAAAGACCCUGUCCUCGGUGUUAUACGACAGCACAGAUGACACAAUCGUGAUAUCGGUGGAAGCAUUGGACAAACCAGAAGCCUGUCGUGAGAGCACUCCCACGUUCACGCACGCAGUCCUCGGCACCGGCGGAGUGAUGUACGGAAAUGGCAACAUUGUGUCCGGUCCGAUGGACUCGUUGAUUGAUCUGCUGAUGCCUGCCACCGCCGACGAAUUGGACCAGGAAUACGUUUUCUCCUUUCUGCUGUCGUGCCGAUUUUUCAUCCGAACACACGAGCUACUGGGGAAGCUGCUAGACACGGUUCCCGAGCCGGAACCGUUGGAUUGUCUCGUGCCCUUACUGGCCGUUUGGACCAAGAUGUUUCCGUACGAUUUCCGAGACGAACGGAUGAUGAAUCAUGUUAAACAUAUCGUAGCUAGAUGCGCUGACACCAAGUUAGCCGAAGUGGUGUCUGAACUAUUGUGUGCCUUGUUAGCUCGGCUAACUGAACUCGAGAAACACGAAGAUGAACUCAAACGCUAUCAAUCAAUCGCUGACAAUAAGACUGAAUCAAUAAAAUGGCCAAACGCUUCACAAUUAGCCCAAGUUUUAUGCAGAAUCGAACGAAACCUAGCGAAACAUGUUGGACCGGAGGAGUUUGUGCAGUGCAGUGCCAAUCUGCUGAAAGACCCCAACCGGGAGGAUUUUACCCCCAAACCCCACGGCUCAAGUGUACCCAUCGGUGGAGUAUCGCUAGAUGGGAAGAAAACUUGCAAUUUGGAGAGCUACUUGGAAUGGUCCGCCAAACUGCGACUGUUGGUAGCUAACGAAAUAUUGAAGUGCCAAAAUAUUCAGGACCGCAACAACAUGGUUGAGUUGUGGAGCGGGGCGGCACAGUACUGCCUUCUGGUAGGGAACUACAACAGCGCCACGGUCAUACUGGAGUCACUGGAUAUGCCGCCCAUCGCUAGAUUACAAAUCACGUGGAGUAAACUUUCGACGACGACCAGCCAACAAUUGGACUGCAUGCAACGUCACGCGGAAGGUUGCGGCAAUUUAUGGAGCAAACAAACGGAAAGUGGCACCGGUGUGAAUAAAAAGCGAAAACCAUCGCCUGCAUCAGCAUCCACGCCAUCCAUCUCCAAGUCAAAACCCAACGAGUGGGUGGUCGUACCGGUUUUCGUGGACAUUGUGAAACUGGCCCUAAAAUCCAGAGAGGACUGCUGCAUUAGGCUUCCUAACGGACACAUAAAUAUUGCAGCAUUCGAUCGGCUGGCCGCAAUCACUGGUGCGUUCACGAGGCACAUGUGCCAGGUCAAUCAAACACUGCCGGAUGUUGGCGAAUUUGUACACCUCUGCCAGUACAUGCAAUCGUGCAAACUGCUAAACGAAACAGAACUCAUGCUGGCAUCAUUCGAUUGCGAGGAGCCUACGAUAGCCGAGAAGGAACUGUACGAUGUUUCAUAGCAUCAUUGCCCAUAGAUUGGCAGUAUUUCGAUCGGGCCCAUCAGGACCGGGGAAACUAUUAGCAUAUAUACGCAGAUUGGAGGGCUGUUGUCCACCCAUUCACAGUCUUUUUGCGGCAAAAGGGAAGCUGCUGGUGCUGCGGCUGAUGGUAUUCCAAGAUUUUGCUUUUUCCUAUGACCGGGACGGGACGGCUUCGGUAGCAUCUGCUCGAUAGACGGUGCACCAGUAGCGGGUCGGGCCGAACUGGUUAGAGCAACGAGUUUUAAUAUGCCAAUAUAUAAUCAGGACGAGACAUGCACUCUCAGUAGCGAAGCAAUUCUACACUAAAGUAUGUGCAAACGAACAGAAAUGAAUAAAUAUUAGAAAUAUUUUGUGCUGCAAUUAAUUCAAUGAAAUGUAUGUGAUUAGCUUGUAACAAUAAUACAGCAAAAAAAAGUUUCCUGCUAGGUGAUUUGAUUCCUUUGAAAUAGUACAGCUGAUUCAUUCUCUCAAUUUAUAACAAACUAAGUUUGGCUUCUGGAAGUCAUUUGUGAAUGUUGAGCAUGAGCACGGAUCUGCCGCAAAAAGUUCAAGUUGUGCAAUCAAGAAUCUCGGAAAACGAAUUGUACCAAACCAAACGAAUAAUAAAGUGAGUAAUUAUGAAAUUAAUUGUAAUA